UAUAGACACUCCAGAACUACAAAUGCUGCGGUUGUUGCGCAUGCGCAGUGUGCUCCAUGGGGUCGGUUGAGAACGCGCAUCCUGAAUGAUUCCCGGACCCCUGCGGUUUGUCGACGGAAACGUGAGGAGAUAAACCGCUUUAUCCCGGAAAGAAUUGGGGAUUUCAAGAUGGCAGAGCGGGUAAAUAACUUUCCUCCGCUGCCUCAGUUCAUGAGGAUAAAGCCGUGCUUUUACCACAACAUCGAAGAGGAAAUCCCCGCACCCCACCAGCUGCUGGUGCGCAGAGUCUACACACUUUGGAUGAUGUAUUCAGGCACACUGUGCAUAAACGUGAUCUCGUGUAUUGCUUGGUGGGCCGGAGGUGGAAGUGCCAUGAACUUCGGCUACUCUCUACUCUGGCUCAUCCUCUUCAGCCCGUGCAGUUACACCUGCUGGUUCAGACCGCUCUACAAAGCCUUCAGGGCCGAUAGCUCGUUCAACUUCAUGGCCUUCUUCUUCAUCUUCUUCCUUCAGUGUGUGUUGGCGCUCAUCCAGACUAUAGGCAUAUCUGGCUGGGGAACAUGCGGCUGGAUUGCGACAGUGAUGUUUUUCCAAUAUAAUGUGGGCUCCGCUAUAGUGAUGCUUAUCACAACUCUGCUCUUCACUGUGGUGACUGCUUUAAUGGCACUGGUGCUCCUUAAGGUGCACAGAAUGUACCGUGGCGGCGGCGGUAGUUUUCAGCGUGCUCAGGAAGAGUGGAGCACCGGCGUGUGGAAGAAUGCACCAGUGAGGGAAGCAGGGUUUAACGCUGUUGCUCAGACGGCCCAAGGCCCCAGCUUGCCCCAGUACCCGGCCGCAGUGCCGAACUACCCCGACAACAGUCACUGGUGAUCGCCGAGAGUCGCCGCUAGGUGGAGACAGAUAGCCGGUCGUCUCCGUGGUGCAACAUAUCAUGUCACUCUCUAGACAUAUUUUUUGUUAAACGAGAGGAUAAGAUUGCUAUACAGAAAGUUUUUUUCACCACUCAUUACUACACUUGGUAGUAGAGCUUAAAAUUAUGUCAUUCCAUUUCAACUUUCGUUUACAUAUAGUUUAUCAAAAUGAAUGAGAGACAAUUUUAUGCUCUUGCAAAUAUGCAAUUGGAAACUCAAAAAAGAGUAGCAGGAUGUGAAGGAUGUGUGCCUUAUGAUAGUUUUAUGUAUUGCCAAAUCUGCAUGCUAGAAGUCAUAGUAUGCCAAACAACAGGGUUUAUUUCCACCCCCUUUUUGCAACAAGGAGAACGUCUGUUAACUGCACGAUUUUUAUCUUUUCUGUGUAUUAUUAUGUCAGGAGUUCAGUUUAUUUUUGAUACGCUGUGCUUGGCUGCUUUGGCUGUGAUUUCUUGAAAUGCGCCUUAAUAUUGCAGAUUUUGUAUGUGGAAAAUAAUCAUGCUUGACUUUCGCCUUAAAUGCUUUUUUUUGUUGUUAUUGUUGCUAAACUGGAUUAAUGCUUCAGGGAAGCAACGUUGUUGGUGCGUAAUCCUCCUCUGUGAUUUCUCACUGAUGUGCCAAAACACUUUCCAUUAUUUUGAUAACCGUUUAAAAAGUCACACCCAAAGUAGAUAUUGUUUUUUCUGCACUGUUUGCUUUCAGUGGUCAGCGCCCUGCCGUGAAAGCGCCUUAUCUGCUGUUGUCAAUGUUCCCGUCACUUUCACUUUCCCCCCCUGAUAGACUUGUGUUUUGGUGACUUGCAUGCAGCCUAUCAUGGUAGUGGAACUGAACGGGAGUCUCUUAUUUCAAAUGAACUGACCUCGUGUAACCGAUACAAACAACUCAACUGGCUGAAAUAAUAACUGCAAAACAGAUCAGCGGUGAAGUGAAAAUCUUGCAUGUAAACGUAGUCACAGAGUGAUUAAAUGCAGACUAAUUUACUGUCAUUCCAACAAACAUUGUUACAAAUGAAUGUGGCUUUUUUAUGCAGGUAAUCUACUUUUUAUUUUGGCUCAAUGAUAUAAAAUGCCUAUAUGAAGUAUGAGCACCAACUGGAAGUUAAAGGCGCCUCCUGCAGCCUCAUCGUUUGAUUUCUUUUCUUGUUACAAAAGUGUCCUUCAUGGCCAACUGCCAAUAUUAGUAUUUUGAUUUUUUUUUUUUUGUUAUUUGAUAAAAUGAAAUGGAUCUGUUAAAACAGUAACCUUUAAAUAUUGCCAACAUUUCAAUAAAUAUUCUUAUUCCCAC